AAGUCAAAUUCUGGAUCGGAAUACUGGUGUCUGGUUUCCCCUUUAAUCGUUUCCUACCGGCUCGCGCUUUAAUAAUUUUAAAAUAUUAAACGCUGUGCUGUUAUGAUAUAAGUUUUAGGUAAUAUAUUCAUAAAAUUUAGACAAUUUAAUAAUUAUCUCCUGCUAUACUUUGUUUUAUGCAUCCGAAAGUUCGAGUGUUUAAAAUAAAGCCCUGUCUUCAGGCUGCACUAAACACUAUGUCUAAAUCCAGAGAUUUUUCUUCAAAUUUCCACGAAAACGAUGGAUAUACUGGAGAAAAGCUUGUUUAUCCAGCAGCAACUCGAAAUCAAGGCUCUAUACUGCAAGUUCUAAAGAGAUUUAUUGUGUCUGAUUUUGAUCAAAAUGAAGGUGAAAAUCAAUUGUUUUUGGAAAUUGCCUCAGGAUCUGGUCAACAUUUGGCACACUUUGCACCUAAUUUUCCUAAUGUCAUAUUUCAACCUAGUGAAGUUGAUAGUAAUUUAUUUGGUAGUAUUUCUUACUAUGCUUCAGCUUGCCCAACUAAGAAUAUUUUACAGCCAUUGUUAAUAGACAUAAGGAAAAGUUUAUCCAACUAUGGGUUUAAAGAAGAAUCAUUAGAUUAUAUGUACUCAGCAAAUCUUAUACACAUAAGCCCUUAUGAAUGUACUAUAGGCUUAUUCCAAAACGCUGGUAAUUAUUUAAAGUCUGAGGCACUAAUGAUUACUUAUGGACCUUUCAGUAAAGAUGGAAUAAUUACACCACAGAGCAAUGUAGACUUUGAUACAUCUUUAAGAGCAAAAAACCCAUCUUGGGGCCUUAGAGAUUUAAAUGAUUUGAUAAAAUUGGCUGAAAAUAAUAAUGUUUCUCUUAUUGAUACAGUAGAGAUGCCUGCUAACAAUUUGACAUUGAUAUGGAAAAAAGAUUAACAGAAAAUGUAAUAAUAUAAACAAUAAUACUAAUAAAUUGUCAAGCAAAGCAAUAAUAUAAUAAAUUAAAUUGCUAAAUUAUUAUGUGAAUUACCAAUUAUUUGCCAUGCUUGUAUAUUGAUGGGCCAUACUGUAUUGGCAUUAUUGACAACAUAAUAUGUGUAAGUUUACAUAUUAUAUGAUUAAGAAAUUGCAUUGAUCUUUAACAGUGUACUGAAGUCUGACUUUUGGAUAGAUAUUAUAUUGUAGUAUUUAUUAUAUAAAAUUCUGCAUAUUGGUAUGUAUCUUCUAUCUUGAUUAAAUAAAGUAUAAGUUAAAAA